AUGGGAAGACUGAAGGGACGGCAGCAAAGUCCUUUUAGCAUAAAGCCUUCAAUAUACUCAAAAGAGGACAUCAUCGAUCAAUAUUGUUUAACAGACCGUCAACUUAACAAUUCAAUUGAAGCACCACGUCGUGAAAAAUUCUUUGGUUGUUGGUCAAAUCGAAGUCAACAGUCGUUUCUCGGCGUGUGUGUAGGACGAAGGGCACCAUCAGAUGAAAAUUUACAAGAUUACGCUCCAAUUAACCGACAUCCAAGAUAUCAAAAGCCCACCAGCUAUGACGAUGACGAUUUGGACAGCACAUAUUUUCGAAGAAAACCGACAUCAUUUCUGAAUAGUAACGACGUGAAACGUUACACAUGGAUGGUACCCGAUGAUGAAUCGGUGCGAAUGGAAGGUUCGCGCCCAAUCCACAAUGGUGGACCAUAUGUUGUUGGUUCCUAUCCACCAAAAUCUUCAUUUCUUAGCCAAAGCAGCGAACAAAUUACGGGGUAUCGUUGUCCAGCACACAUUAAUCUUCCGACGACAAAUUCUUUAACAACACAUCAGGAUAUGCCACCAAGAACAAAACAUGUUAGCUUUGCACGUUCAUUAACUCUUGCUUCCUUUGAUGAUGCUAUUGGAAUGCGGCCAGGAAAUCAAAUGUUUAAUGCAAGAAGUCAGGAAAGAUUAAUUGGUGGAAAGAAGCCAACAAUUACAAUAACUCAACAGCCAGCUCACCUACAACAAAUGCCAAUGAUUCAGAUGCAAACAAUUUUACAAAAGCCACAGCUGCAACAAACAUUUUCACAGCCACAUCUUAUGCAGUCGCAAAACCAACAAUCUUUUGAAGCAUACAGUGUAGAAAAGCAGAAGAGGAAUGUAAUGAAAACUCAAGCAACACAAACCGAACUAUUUUUAGGAGGAAAACAAAAUACGUCACACACAUUAUCCCUUAGUCCACGAACAAUACAAAGGGUCAUAAUGGUAUCACAAGGUGCUCAAACAAAUGGAAUGAAUGGCAAAAAACUCACUAAAAGCUUUUCAGAGAUGGGAUCUGGAGUAGAUGCUGGAUGCCAAUACGAAGAUGAACGAGGUCCACACGAUCAUGAAUUUCUUUGUCGCACCCAAUCGGAAGAUUCUCCCAAAUCGCCUUUAGACAUGUCAUACAUAAAACCAUCGAGUGGCUAUAUGAUGACAACAGCUGAAAUUCAUUCACGCACAUCAUCAAGACAAAGUCAAUUAGAAACUUCACGUAGUGACACGAUGUCAACCGAUAACUUCUUCAUCGAUUCAUAUCAUUCACAUGACAGUGCAAACACGUAUCGAUCGCCAGACACAAACUUUUCUAAAGCUUCUUAUGAUAACAGUAGUUCAUUGAAUUCACAAGAUAAUCUUAUGAUUUCAAGGCGGGCCAGUCAUACACUUCAAACCGAACCAAUCUUCAUCGGACGAAAUGAAUUGGAAAAGAUGCGCGUACCACGCAGUGGUCAAAAUGUUUAUGAUUUCGAAUCGCACAGUUUGCCGCGUCGAACAUGUAUUCAUCAUACGUCGGAAGAAUAUCAUACGCACAGUUUACCACGUCGCGAACAUCAUCAUCAUUAUUUCCAUGAGCAUAAUGAUAUCAAAAUGUCAAAUGGCAACAUUCCAGAACAGAUGGUGCCAACUGAUGGAAAGCGACGGCUGUCGACAUCAUACCAAGACGCGCAGUCACCUUAUGUCAAUGUAAAUGUUGUCAUGCCUGAUACAUAUUCUCUGUCUCGUAAUGAAGAAGAAGAAGAAGGUGAUGAAGAAGGUGAAGAAGCGAGCGGAAGUGAAACAGAGUUAGAUGAUGAGCGGGAGGAGAAAGAAAUUUUUAUCGAUUUUAAGCCACGUUUGUCGCCUACACUGAGCAAUGUAUCAACGACAAAGAGAAAGAAAAAACUAACAAAAGCGAUGUCAGAAGGGGAAAUUCUUCUAGAUGAUGCUGGAAAAAACACCACACAAUUUCCAAUUCACUCAGCAAGUGAUGAAGAUCUAAACCAACAACCACCGCCAACUUAUUACUCGAAGAAGAAUCUCAACUACGCUGACACGCCCAUUCGUGACGAAGAUGUUUUCAAAGUUGAUAAUUUUUUGAACAUGCCACCUGAUGUCAGUGCAACUGCUAGAAGAUAUAGCAGAGAGACAUUAAGGAAAAGUUCUGUCAGCUUGGAAGAUCCACUUGCUGAUGAUAUGAUAAUAAAAAAGUCAAGUUUGGGUUUAAAGGCGAACAAAUCAUCACCUAGUUCCCCUGGUGCUGAUGAUGGAAGAUCUUUGUUUGCAUCAAGUGAUGAUGUAACACGGGACCAUUCUGAAGGUCACUGGAAUGAGUCGCAAGCGACAGUACUUCCCCGUCCACCAAGCCCACCCGAUUUCAUAACAUCACAUUUAACGCCAUCAACAAAACGCAAACAUCUUAUCCAUCAACAGCGAAGUUCGUUAGACAUUGAAGCACUCGACGUUGAAGAUAUGGCCGAUCAGCCCCUACCACCUUUACCACCCAUUGUUCAGCAGCCAUUAAUUUCAAGUCAACAUAAACCUCACAAUGAACUUUUUCUAAACUCAACUGUCUCAACCACCACACAGACCACAUGUUUGUCUACGAUAAAACCAGCUACGUCGGUAUCAUCAACAACAACACCAACUGGAGUCGUCAAACCAACACCAUCGAUAGCAGUAACUCACACUCAAAGUAUUGAAAAAGAAGAAAAAGCUUUAAUCAACUUGGUGCAACGCACAAAGCCAACAUCGCCGAGUAAACGAAAAGAUAUUAAGAAGCGUCUACAACACAAAGGCAAACACACGGCUCUCGAAAGAAUUCAUAGGUCAAAUGAAUCACUUGAGUCAAGUGUAAAAACAUCAAGUGAAUCGAUAUUGAAUCAAGGUGAAGUUGGACGCGUUGAUGUGUCAGAAGGGAGUACAACAGAAGAUUAUGUGACUUGUACAGACAAUUCAAGACGAAUGAUGCAUCAACAACAUGUGUCAGGUAUUAGAAAAGCUUCAAGUGCUAAGGGAACUUUAGUCUCAUCGACCGCUCAAAUACCAGGAGCCGCUCAAAGUUCGCAAACAUUGACUAUUGAUGGAUCAUCAUUCGAAAGUGCUUCGUCAUUUCAUAGUCUCGCUCGUGUUGAUGCAAUUUGUGAAGAUGUCGACGAGAAAGCGAAAGGUUCACCAACACAUUCUGUAAGCAGUACAUCGUCGGGAAGUUACGGCGUGCCACCAUUAAAAGUUUCAUCACCUCGAACUUCAUUUUCAAAGCCUAUUCAAGCUAUAAGUAAAACAGGUAAAAGAGAAUCAAUGUCAGAUGAUGAAAGAAGUGAAAAAAUGUUCCAAACAUCACACGAAGGAAAAGAUUAUAAAACUAUGAGAAUUCGACGUUCACGGGACUGGAGUGAAGAUGAACGAAUAAGAAAGAAAGGAAAUUUCAAACUUGAAUUCGAUAAAGAUGCAGCAAAGGCUCAGAGCAUGUCUCCAUUUACACGACCAUCAACAACUACUAAGAAAGUAUCGCCAGAUGAUAAAGCAUUAAUGAAUAUACUCGACGGCACAAGUCCAAGCAAGCAACAUAAAAGGUUUCGUCCGAAAACAAGAAAAACUCCACGUAACCGAACACCGAUUAGUAGCGACGAGAAAAUUCAUCGUCCAAAAGCUUCAAAAAGUCCUGAGAAACUUCAACUACCAUCGAAAGAGAGUCCAUCAAAGUUGAUGAAACCUUGCAUGUUUGCUCAACCUGUUCAACAUCAAAAGAAGUCGUCAACUGUUCAAAGAUUGAAAGCAAUUUCUACAGAAUCGCUUCGUUCAGUCUCACCUGGAUCUGAUUCAGUUUUUUAUAGUGAAGCUGACAUUCUUGAACAUCAAAUUCAUUGUCAUCACUGUGGUAAAGAAGUUGAAGUUGUAACUGCUGUUGCUGAUGGAUCUGAAGAAUCUGUUGUGAUUGUUGACGAUGGCCCAGACAUUGUUCAGCCACCUGAAGGAUUUGCUGACUCUCCUAAUGGCUUGACAAAGGUUCCACCUGCACUCAAAUAUUACAAGCGAUUUCGUGCUGAAGAUAGACGCCAUAAAAAAGGGCACAAUGGGAGAGCAAAGAGUGAAGAACGGGGAAGUGACGAUCAAUUGAGAGCGAAAAUGCGUGGAGCUGGAUCGAGUCCCUGUAUGGUUCCAGUUGGGCCCUUCGGACAUGACCAUCAUGGUGUCGACCCUGAACAAGGAAUCUAUCAUGGUGGUUACACUAUGGGCGCUUGGCUAUGCAUCGCUGAUCGUGAUGUUUGGCGUAAGUUUGAAGUUGCACAAGAAGUGAGAUUUGCUGACACACAUAAAAGAAAUAAUUCUACGGAUUCAGAAAAAGAUUUCUGUAAAAAGUAUCAAGCAAUAACACAUCGACUGGUUCAUCGAAAGUCUUGUGUUGAAAUGUAUCGAAGACAAAGCAGCAAUUCUUUUGACACCGACAAACAUGUCAUUGUGCAACGGAUAUCCGGUGAAUUUGGUUUUCGAAUUCAUGGUUCUAAACCUGUGGUUGUGUCUGCAAUUGAAAAAGAUACGCCAGCUGAGACGUCAGGCUUGGAAGUUGGCGACAUCGUUCUUUCAGUAAAUGGAGUUUCGGUUGUCGAUAAAAGUCACUCAGAAGUCGUUAAGAUUGCACAUGCUGGUAGUGACACUUUGGAAUUGGAAGUAGCGAGAACUAUCGGUGCUUUAUCACCAGUAAAUGAACCAUCGGCGAUGAGAGUGAAUCCCCUUUAUUCAGGUCACUUAUGGCGAAAGUCCGGACAAGGUGAAAAUGCUCGGUGGAUACGAAGAUGGUUCUGCUUUCAUCCUGAUCAAUGUCUGUAUUACUAUAAAUCUGAGACUGAUGUGCAACCCCUUGGUGUUGUUCUUCUCACCAAUCACAUUGUUAAAACUUUGCCUUGUGAUAAGACCGACCGUCCAUUUGCCUUCACCAUCGAAUUUCCCGAAUCAAAAUCACUUCAUUUAUCAGCAGACAAUGAAGAGUCUGCUAAUCGAUGGGUCGCAAUCAUGAGCCAUGCAGCAGAACAAAAUGAUCCUUGGCUUGAAAUGGCUACACGAAAUAUGAAGCUUCCACCUCAAUCUAUUGCACGUGCUGAUUGUGUCGGUUAUCUUAUGAAAUUGGGAUUACGAUGGCGUUCUUGGACGAAACGUUAUUGCGUGUUGAGAGAUGCUUGCUUGUACUUUUAUCACGAAUCAAACAGUAAAAGUGCAAUUGGCAUGGUGUGCCUUCAGGGCUAUCGUGUCCAACCAUUCGCAACAGGCGGUAAAAAGCAUGCUUUUGAGCUUGUGCCAUCUGAACCAAAAUAUCGAAAUUAUUAUUUCCAUACUGAGUCAGAAAUGGAUAAGAAAAGAUGGAUUGCCGCUCUUGAGUACUCAAUUGACCGUUGGAUGAAGGCUAACUGAAACUCCAAAACUUAUUCAUAUUCAACUGAUGGUUCUGUUUAAAAGCACGUUUCAUCAUUUUUGGGGAAUGACUACUCUUAUAACUUGACAUUAGUGUAGAUGAUAGUAGACGUGAUAAUAACACGCAUUUACGCAAGCGUUUAAUGAUGCAUUAGAUUACAUGAUGUAGCUCAUAGCUCGUAUCCGUGUUUAAUUAGACAUCAAAAAGCUUUGAGAGAC